AUGAACAAUGUCACCAGAGUUGCGGGAGGAGAUGCAGAGGUUUGGGAGGAAGUGGGAGAUGAGGAAGAUGAGGAAGAAGAACAGGAGGAAGAGGGGGAUGAGGCAGAUGGCCAAUCGGCAGAGUGUUUGCUGAUCUACCACAAGAUUGACAAUCUGCCCCACUACCUGACCCCAGCAGCCUCUAUGUCAACCGGAAUCAUGCCUGCAUCCCCAAGCUCAUCACCUCAUCCAUCCCCUCCUCCCACUCCUUGCAAGAAGAGUAACCUUCCUGUCAUCACUACAUUCUACAUCCCAACAAGUGCAGAAGUCCAUGUGGCUUGGGAAGACUGCAACAAGUUGCAAGACUUCCAGCCACCAAUCUCUGCUCCCAGAAAGCAUACAACCGGCUUCUUGGCCUGCAUGUUCAAGCACAGCAAGCACCGUCAACACAGCAACUUCACUAUCCCACCUCUGUGUUUGUGA